AUGUUUCAUCUAGUCAAAGGACUUUACAAUAAUUGGAAUAAAAAGGAACAAUAUUCAAUACUAAUAUUAGGUCUAGAUAAUGCAGGUAAGACGACGUUCCUGGAGACAUUGAAAAAGGAAUAUUCAUUAGCAUUCAAAGAAUUGGAAAAAAUACAGCCUACAGUGGGACAGAAUGUGGCCACGAUACCCGUUGAUAGCAAACAAAUCUUGAAGUUUUGGGAUGUCGGCGGACAAGAAUCAUUAAGAUCAAUGUGGUCCGAAUACUAUUCCUUAUGUCAUGGUAUAAUUUUCAUUGUGGACAGUUCAGAUAGAGAGCGACUCGACGAAUGUUCAACGACUUUACAGUCAAUUGUAAUGGACGAAGAGGUUGAAGGUGUGCCCAUAUUGAUGCUGGCUAACAAACAGGAUAGACAAGAUAGGAUGGAAGUACAAGAUAUCAAACAAAUAUUCAAUAAAAUUGCGGAGCAUAUAAGCGCUAGAGAUAGUAGGGUUUUACCAAUCAGUGCGUUGACUGGGGAAGGUGUCAAAGAUGCUCUUGAAUGGAUGAUUGUCAGGCUGGACAGAAAUAAAAAGUCAAGACCGCCAAUUUAUAAAUAA